UUUUGGCCACAUAGAAACCAGGCGUAGUUAGCCAGAGAAUAGGUUGGCCAACCAUGGCUUUGCCAGGCAUGGAUCAGUUGUCCCAACGGGACCAGAUGCAGGUGAUGCAAGCCCUCAACGAGAUGCAAAUGCAGGAGAUGAUGAACACAUACAACAACUUGGUGGAGAAGUGCUUCAAUGAAUGCAUCACAAGCUUCCGCACAAAGGCUUUGGAAGGUUCUGAGGAGCAAUGCGUUACCAGGUGUGUACAGAAGUUCAUGUCAUUCAGCCAGCGUGUGUCCUUGCGCUUUCAAGAGAAGCAGCAGCAGAUGCAGUUGCAGCAGAAGCCUUCCUGAUGCCGCGAACUGGCUCAAUAUCGGUGAAAAUUGAGUGCUUCCAGC